AUGGCGACCACCCAACCAAGUGCGCCGGAGGCCAAGCAGAGCGCUGUGAUUGAGGCUGCUCGUGACCCGAACAGCGCCGUGAGCUCUCAAGAUGCCCAGGCAAAGAUGGUCCAGGAGAGCAAGAAGGCUGGCAUCCCCGCCUUCACUUUCAAUCCCGAUGCCAGCCCCGAGGAGAAGAAGGCGCAAGCCCGGGCUGCCAUUCCCGACAACUUCCACAAUCCCAAGCGCGUCAAGGGCGUCGCAAUCGCAACUGACAUUGACGACGGAUCCGCGGCUCAAUACGAUCUCCCGUCUCCCACCAAGGCCGGCGCAAUUACCGCGCCGCCUGCAGGCGAUGGAAAGGCAGCGGGCAACGGCACAGCUGCUCCUGGUGAGACCGAAAUGGGCCCGGAAACCACGGGCUGGGCACCCCGCUUCGGCUGGCCCGUCGAGUCCAUUCGCGAUGCCCCGAGUCUGCUCGAGCAUUCUACGUGGCUCGAAGGCCGCCUGCCUUCCAAUUUGUACGGUGACUGGUACCACAACACGGGUAUCAUCAUCUUCGCUUGCCUGACUUCCUGGUUCAUUGCCGUCCUCGGUGGCGGCCUUGGCUGGGUCUUUAUUAUCAUUGCCACGUGCGGCACUUACUACCGCACCUCUAUACGCCGUGUGCGCCGCAACUUCCGUGACGAUCUCAACCGCGAGCUCUCGAUGAAGCGCCUCGAAACCGAUUCUGAAUCACUUGAGUGGAUGAACUCGUUCCUGUUCAAGUUCUGGCCAAUCUACCAGCCCGUUCUGGCCCAGACCAUCAUCAACUCCGUCGACCAGGUGCUUAGCUCAGCCACCCCAGCUUUCUUGGACAGCCUCAAGCUCCGUACCUUUACACUCGGCUCCAAGCCGCCCCGCAUGGAGCACGUCAAGACCUACCCCAAGGCUGAGGAUGACAUUGUCAUGAUGGACUGGAAGUUCAGCUUCUCUCCCAACGACAUUGCCGACAUGACCACCCAGCAGGUCAAGAACAAGAUCAACCCCAAGGUCGUGCUUGAGAUCCGUGUCGGCAAGGCCAUGAUCAGCAAGGGUCUGGACGUUAUUGUCGAGGACAUGGCCUUCUCUGGUCUCAUGCGUCUGAAGAUCAAGCUGCAGAUCCCCUUCCCUCACGUCGAAAAGAUUGAGAUGUGCUUCCUGGAGAAGCCGACCAUUGACUACGUUUGUAAGCCGCUCGGUGGCGAGACUUUCGGGUUCGAUAUCAACUUCAUUCCUGGUCUCGAAUCGUUCAUUCUUGAGCAGAUUCACGGCAACCUGGCCCCUAUGAUGUACGCCCCCAACGUCUUCCCCAUCGAAGUCGCCAAGAUGUUGUCUGGUUCCACCGUCGACCAGGCCAUUGGCGUUGUUGCUGUUACGCUGCACGGUGCCCAGGGCCUCAAGAACCCCGACAAGUUUUCUGGAACCAUCGACCCCUAUGCGGUCAUCACCCUUAACCGCCGCUCGCCCCUGGCCCAGACCAAGAUUAUUCGCGACACGAACACGCCGCGCUGGAACGAAACUCACUACAUCAUUGUCACCUCUUUCAACGAUUCGCUCGACCUCAUUGUCAACGAUUUCAAUGACUACCGCAAGGACAAGGAGCUGGGUGUCGCCUCGUUCCAGCUCGAGAACCUCGAAGAGGUCAACGAGGCUGAGAACGAGACUCUCGAGGUCAUCGCCGAUGGCAAAGCCCACGGUCAAGUGUCAUGCGACAUCCGCUUUUUCCCCGUUCUAACUGAUGAGAAGCUGCCCGAUGGCACAGUUGAGCCUGCCCCGCCUUCGAACACUGGUAUUCUGCGUUUCACGGUCGAGCAGGCCAAGGAUCUGGACGGCACUAAGAGUCUUGUCGGCAUGCUUAACCCCUAUUCGGUCCUUCUGCUCAACGGCAAGGAAAUUCACGCUACCAAGAAGCUCAAGCGGACAAACAACCCCAUCUGGGACAACGGCUCCAAGGAAAUCCUCAUCACGGACCGCGCCAAGGCCAAGCUCGGUGUCGUUGUCAAGGACGAACGCGACAUCGCCGGCGACCAGCUGAUUGGCAACUAUCAGAUCAAGCUUGACGAUAUGCUCGACCUCAUGGAGAAGGGCCAGGACUGGUACAACCUGGCUGGCGCCAAGACCGGUCGCGUCAAGAUGCAAGCCCAGUGGAAGCCUGUCGCUCUGUCUGGUGUCAUUGCCGGCACAGGCGGCUACCAAACCCCCAUUGGUGUCAUGCGCGUCCACUUUAUCAAGGCGACUGCUCUUCGCAACUUCGAGACUGUCGGCAAGUCCGACCCCUACGCCCGUGUCCUGCUGUCUGGUAUCGAGAAAGCCCGCACUGUCACUUUCAAAAACAACCUCAACCCCGAAUGGGACGAGGUUCUAUACGUUCCUGUUCACAGCACCCGUGAGCGCCUUCAGCUCGAGGUCAUGGACGCCGAGACCAUGGGCCGCGACCGCAGCUUGGGUCUGUUGGAUAUUUUCGCCGGUGACUUCAUUGCCCAGGAUGAAGACGGUGCUUACCUGGUCAACGACAAGAAGACUCAGCGCGAGGAAGGCCUCAAGCUGCACGGCAAAGGUAUGGCCAAGGGUGUUCUGUCCUACACGAUUUCGUUCUUCCCCUGCUUGAAUGUCGCCGAUCCCGAAGAGGAGGAGCGUGAGAAGGAGAAGGAGGCGGCCAAGGCGCAGAACGGCAAGGAAGCAUCCGUCAGCGGCUCCGUCCCAACGUCACCCACGUCGGCCACCAUCCCCUCCCCUCCCACUUCUCCCACGACGUCCAAGACCCAGGCAAGCCAGACUGUCCCUGCAGCGGCUCCAGGAAGUCCAGCCACAUCCAAGCCGGGCAGCGACGUUCUGUCCACCAAGGCGGACGAGCCCAAAGGCCCGCCCAAGGUUCACCUGACCCCAGAAGAACUCCUCAAGUACGAGUCCGGUCUCAUCAUCUUCAAGUUGAUGGAGGCUGAGCUGCCGCGCCCCGAUACCCAGCUCGAGAUUUUCGUCGAUGAUAUGGCCUUUCCUUCCUACGUCUCGUCCAGCGCGCGCUCCCGGUCCUUUACGUUCGAUGAGAUGGGUGACUGCUUCAUUCGCGAGCUUGACUUCUCCCGCCUCACCCUCAAGAUUCGUGACCGUGGCGGCGAGAAGAAGGAGGAUGAGAAAGAUCGUCCUUUGGCCCGCCUUACUGGCAAUACGCUCGAUACGCUAAAGCAGUGCUUGAACAACCCCACUACACUGAAGCUGAAGGACGAGGAAGGCAGAGUCAGCUCUGUUCGUGUUAGUCUCAAGUACAUUCCCGUGCAGAUGGAGCUGGACCCCAGAGAGAGCAUCAACAACAUGGGCAACCUUCGCGUUGACGUUCUUGAUGCGGAGAAUCUUCCCGCAGCCGACUCGAACGGCAAGAGUGACCCGUACUGCAAGUUCGAGCUCAACGGAGUCGAAGUGUUCAAAACCAAGGUGCAGAAAAAAACCCUCAACCCGACAUGGAACGAGUUCUUCGAGAUUCCUGUACCAUCCAGAAUCGGUGCUGCAUUCAACCUCAACGUGUACGACUACGACUUUGCGGACAAGCCGGACUUCCUGGGCGGUUCGCCAAUCCAGCUCGACCAGCUAGAGCCGUUUAAGGCUUCAGAAAUGCGGUUGCCACUCGAUGGCAAGUCUGGAACGGCUCGCAUACGCCUUUUGUUCCGCCCUGAUUACGUUACCCGCCAAAGACAGGGCACGUCAACGUUUGCCGCCCCGACAAGAAUCGUUACUGGCGUGGCUGGUGCUCCCAUUAAGGGUGGCGCGGCUGUUGUCGGUGUGGUGGGCCACGGUGUCGGCAAGGGUGCUUCCUUCUUGCGUCGCGGUUUCCGCGGGGGCAAGAAGGACGAGGAGGUAGUUGCUGCUCACAUUACCGCUGCUGACACGGCCGCUCCCGGCACUGCCAUCACAACGAACGGCGACUCUGCGGUCCCCAACACCAUGGUCAAGCGUGCCUCGGGUCUCACCGAUCCGGCGGUUGUCAGCCAGCAUGACGAACCGGCUUUGGACGUACCUCCAGGCCCAGCUCUGGCUGCGUCGAGAAGCCUGGGCCACAACCGCACUGCAAGUGGGGCAGCGUCCAUCUACAGUGUGGCACCCGGCUCGCCGGGUGCUGGCACGGCCGUAUUCACGAUCGUCUCUGCGUCGGGCUACCCACCGUCCUCGGACGUGUACGUCAUCCUCAACCAGAUUGGCUCGAAAUCCAAGACGAUUGGCAAGACCAAGCACCACAAACCGCAAAGCGGCGUGGCCAAGUUCGAUGAGUCAUUUAAAACCACGUGCACAGCCGACGCGCAGUUCCAGGUCCAGGUCCGCGAGCAGCACCUCUUCGGCAGCGACGACGUCCUGGGCGAGUCUCUGUACGUCGUGGACGAGUCCGGCACAAACGCUGAGAAAGAGAUCAGUGUUGGCGACGGCUCGGUUGUGGUUAAGAGCACCUUCACGUCGCACGAAUCCAAUGGCACCACGGACAGCCCCAAGUCGUUCCGCCGCAGCUUCUUGAGCAAGCGCGAGGCUCGCCCUCCUUCUAGCCGCGAGGGUACUCCGGCGUAG